AUGGCUGCCGGUAUACCCACAUGUAUUUCAGACCCGAUUUCUGGUGAUAGACUUACGCAGCUUAUAGGAAUGAUUCAACUAUCCGGCACCUUCGACAAGACUCUCCAGCAACUAACCUACGCAAACGGAGCCACGCUCAUCAACCAAGGGAUAUGGAACUGCGCCUGGAUGCCCUUUGCCGUCAAAUACGCACUCGCGUCGACGGAGAACUACACGAUUUUCAUCGUCGGUCGAGCGUUCCAAGGCACAUUUGAGGCGCCCAUCGAGUCGGUCGUUCCGUCCACAACCAUAGAUAUGUUAUUUCUCCAUAAUCGUGUUGAGCUGGUUGCCAUUUACGGGCUAGCUGCGCUUGGAGGUAAUUAG